AUGUCGCUGCCUCCUGGAGGCUCUAAAGAAUCAACGGGUACCGAAGAUGAAGAUUCGUCAAGUGAAGAAGAAGCCGAUGCUGCAGAAGUGGAACCAGUCCAAGGGCAACCGUCAGAACACCCGGAUCAAAAACCGGCUGCUCAAAAGGAGACCGAGGCGGGCGCCGAAAUUUCCGCCUUAGUCAACUAUAUACAACCGGUUCAUUUUUCCAGUUUUGAAAACGCAGAAAAAAAAAAUCGCAGCUACGAAAUGUCGUCGUUUGACGAAAAGCAAGCCACUACGCUUUUAAAAGAGAAACCGAUCGAAUUCGUAAAUUACAACAAAUUCCAGCUGAGCAGAGUCUAUCCCGCGGGUACUCGAUUCGACUCCUCCAACUUCAUGCCGCAAGUCUUUUGGAAUGCGGGCUGCCAGUUGGUCGCGUUAAACUUUCAAACCUUGGAUUUAGCGAUGCAACUAAACUUGGGAAUAUUCGAAUACAAUUAUCGUACGGGUUAUUUACUAAAGCCGGAAUUUAUGCGUCGCAAAGAUAGAAGGUUGGAUCCGUUCGCGGAGUCGACCGUCGACGGUAUUAUAGCCGGUACCGUCAAAAUAUCUGUGAUAUCGGGUCAGUUUCUCACUGACAAAAGGGUCGGAACUUACGUAGAGGUGGACAUGUACGGUCUACCCGCCGAUACAGUUAGAAAGAAGUUUCGUACAAAAAUUAUACCCAAUAACGGGAUCAAUCCCUUGUACGAUGAAGAACCUUUCGUGUUCAAGAAAGUUGUGCUUCCCGAAUUAGCUUCCAUUCGUUUAGCCGCUUACGAGGAAUCGGGUAAACUCAUCGGUCAUCGGAUUCUUCCUGUCGUCGGGCUGUGUCCCGGUUAUCGUCACGUGAAUUUAAGAACUGAGCUAGGUCAGCCUUUACCGUUAUGCAGUUUGUUCCUUUUAAUAGUCGUUAAAGACUACGUUCCUGAUGGGUUAUCCGAUUUUGCCGAAGCUCUCGCAAACCCCAUUAAAUACCAAAGUGAUCUGGAAAAAAGGUCGCGGCAGUUAGCCGUUCUCACGGACGACAUGGAGGCGCCCACUGGUACUAAAGACGAGCAAAAAAAAGACGCGACCGCGAAAACGACGCAAGAAUUAACUAGCAACGGUAGUCCCUCGCCGCGCCCCACUUUAACUAGCGGCGUCGGUUCGUCCAUUGACUUAGUCACGGAGACCGACGUGCCCGUGACUAACGCCCCUCCAGUCUCUGCCACGUUGGUGGAGCAGAAUUCGAUUACAAAACCGCCCGAGAUACUGUGCGUCGAGGAAAUAGUAGCCGAACCUUUAGACAAAAUUUUAGAAAACAAAUUAGUUAAGGAAAAGAAAUUAGAGUUAGAAAAGAAAUUGGAGACGUUGAGAAAGAAACACGAGAAGAAGAAGGCGACCUUACAGUCACAAAAGUCCACGUCCGAAACGGGGGAGAAAAUCUCAAAAUUAAUGAAUAUAAAAUUGGUGAAGAGACUUUCAAGCAAAAACAUAGUAACCGGAGUUUUCUCGACAGAAUCUACUAGCGCAGAACCACUAACUAGCGUUGCAGACGGACCGGAGAGUAGCGCGAACGCGGAGCCCGAGCGACCCACGCUUCCGCGCAGCACGUCCGAACGUUUGCUCGCCGCCAAUCGUGAGUUCGUCACGCAGGAGAAGGAGCUGCGCGAGAAGUACCACGAGAUUAUAUAUAGCAUAGCGGAGAAAGUUAUGCGUACAUCUCAGGCGAAUCAGUUUAAACUGUUAAAGGUAGGUCGCGGCGGAACCGAGGUUACGGUAAGCAGAACCAUUAUGCGUAAUAGGCGUAUGUUGUCCCAAAGUAAAAGAAGUGAAAAAGUCCUUCUGCUAUUGACGGAAGACUACGGAGCCCAUUUGUGACCGUUCAUGGGCAAAAUUCAAACUAUUGAAACGCAACAUCGCAUAUUACAACCCUCCCAGUACACCCCGACGCUAGUAUCUGGUAAAAGUCUGGCUUGCUCAGUAUGCGAGAGGUUAGUUCAGAAGUUUUUUUACAAGCUAGGCUAGUUAUCCAAAAUUGAUCAAAAGCCAGUCCAGCUUGUAGUAUACUUAACCCCCAGGUUCUACGCUAACUUCACACUACAAGAACUCGGAAAAAGUCAACCCCCUCAACGUUUAAAAGUGACCACCCAAAUGACUAUUCCCUCUAAAACUAAACAAGAUCCCGCUUAAAUUUGAAAAGUUGCACGUGA